AUGGGCUUGCUGCCACUCAACUAUCGCCCUCCCGCGUAUGUCGAGAAGUCCGGGCCCAUCGCCAGCCAAGGGUCGCUGCAUGAUGACAGAGCGUCGAGCAAAUCCUUGAGAACCGGCCUGUCAGCCAGCUCCGGAGGGAUCCCGGCUGCCCUCAGUUUCGACCGGAUCAUAGAGGGAACGACAUGUCCACCAUGCACACUUCGCGACUUUAUGAACUACCUUAUUUACGUGGAACAUUCGGCAGAAAACCUCCAGUUCUUCCUCUGGUACCGCGACUACGUGAGGCGGUUUGCCAACGCCAAAACCCCGGACAUCUCCCUGGCCCCGGAGUGGACUCAGGCGAUGGAAGAUGAGGCGGUCAUGCGUAUCAAAAAGGAGCAAGCGGAAAAGGCGCGCAGACCUCCCCAGGGCGCUGCCGAAAUCUUCAAGGGCACCGACUUUGAGAAGGGUGCCGACACCACCCGGGAAUCUGUCACUGUUACCGUCACUUCCAACAUUCUGACCACGAACACUUCGUCAAAUAGGAGCCAAGCAAGCCAGGCCUUCGCCUCGGCAGGACUAAAAGCUCCAUUCACGAUCCAGCCCUUCCGCAGAGAACUCGACCGCGUCAUCGCGACCUACAUCAUGGACGGCGCGCCGCGCCAGCUCAACCUCACGGACCAGGAACAGAAGACGGUGCUGCACGCGCUCUCCUUCACCACCCACCCGUCCGUGCUGCGGUCGAUCGCCAACGGCGUCGAGGCGACGCUGCGCCAGCAGGCGCACCCCAACUUCAUCCGCUGGAGCAUCCGCAACGGCAACCCGCCGCGCAUCACCUUCGCGGCGGGUCUCGGGGCCGCCGUGGUCCUGUUCGGCGUCGUGGCGGCGCUGGUGCUGACGCUGUCGAGCGCCGGCAGGGGGUACCGCGCGCUGGCGGCGAUCGCGUGGGUGGUUGGGUUUACGAUUUGGAUGGCGGCGUACAAGGGGAUGUGCGUCGUCCUCCACGGCCGGCACCACCGACACAUCCGCCCAUGGGACCUCUUCGCAUCAGACUCGGACGACGACGGCAAUGGCCACGACGACGGCAACGGCCACGACGACGGCCACCAUGACGACGACUCCAUCCGCGCCGCCAAGAGCGCCUUCGACAGCUUCGGGUCCGGCAACAGCUACGAGGACGAACCGUGGGUGGUCGGCUACCGGAAGCGCAACAUCCUCCGCAAGAUCUUUGACCGCGAGGUAUGGAUCGAGGAACCGGCCCUGCGACAGAUCCAGGACACCAUCUUUGUGCAGAGCGUCUUGCUUGCGGUGGUUUGUGCUGGGGUGCUGACGGGCGUGUUUGUUGCUGUGCCGGCCGGGCGGUUUUUCUGA